AUUUAUUUUCUCGGUUCUGUAUCCGCCACUUCCUCCAUUGUCUUUGCAUCUUCGACUCGGAGUCCCCAAAACAGACGGCAGAUUUUCUCAAAGAAAAAGGCAAAUUCGAAAAACUUUUAAAACCUUUGGAUUUAUUUUUAUUUUGAUGCGCUAACCAAUAGCAUCUCGACACGCGGCGGUUCCCGGCGAGACCAUGGCCCUAGCGGACCACCACCAUCACAGGUCACACUCCGACCUGAAGCUCUUCAGGCUCUGCCCGUUUUGGCAAUCGGGGAACACGUCGUCUUCUUCCUCCUCUACGCAGAACCUUUCGCAUAGUAACAGCGGACAAGGGAACCAUAGCAACCAACAAGCGGAGGGGCCCAAAUUAAAGUCGUCCUCCAAAACCGUGUCGUCUGUGGCGCGAUCGCUGCUCCCUCCUCGGCGUAGGCUCCGGCUCGACCCUGCCAACAACCUGUACUUCCCAAAUGAACCUGGCAAACAAGUUAAGAGCGCGAUCAGAUUGAAGAACACUAGCAGGUCUCAUGUAGCUUUUAAGUUUCAAACUACAGCGCCAAAGAGCUGUUAUAUGCGUCCACCUGGUGGUAUCCUUGCUCCUGGAGAAAAUAUCAUUGCAACUGUGUUUAAGUUUGUGGAGCAUAUUGAGAACAAUGAAAAACCAGCGGACCAGAAGAGCAAGAUUAAAUUCAAGAUCAUGAGUCUGAAGGUGAAAGGAGGAGUUGAGUAUGUACCUGAAUUGUUUGAUGAACAAAAGGAUCAAGUAAUAGUUGAGCAAAUUUUGCGGGUUGUUUUUAUAGACUUGGAGCGAUCUAGUCCUGCUUUGGAUAAACUGAAGCGUCAAUUAGCUGAAGCUGAGGCUGCACUUGAAGCACGCAAGAAGCCUCCCAUGGACACAGGACCUCGGGUAGUUGGGGAAGGGCUUGUAAUUGAUGAAUGGAAAGAGCGGAGGGAGAAAUAUCUUGCGCGGCAACAGGUUGAAGCAGUGGAGUGACUGAGUCAGCAUAAUGUGUUAUUUUCUCGUGCCGCAACUGCUUUUCUGGGGGGG